UCUCUCUCUCUCUCUCUCUCUCUCUCUCUCUGCCACCACCAUCUCCACCACUCUCACUGUAAAUCAACAUGGCUGAAGAUGACUGGGUGGCAGCGGCUAUGGAGGACAGCGACUUAGUGGCGGAAGUCCUCGUUAGACUCCGUGUAGCGAAGCCACCACCGUCGUUGCAGCCGUCAAAGCGUCGAAGACCAUCGCCACCACAAAGUUGGACCAUUCACCAGCGCCGGUCCAGGUCGCAACCGGUAGUACUACUUCCAGCGCCUAACAAAUCGGAAGCGCCGAGGGCAAGCCCUAGCACUCCGUUAUCCUGGAGCGGCGGUGGCGGUGGCGGUGGUGUUCCAAUUGUCGAUGCUGUUGACUCCUCCACACAACCAAAUCACAACCGCUCUGAUAUCUCGAGAUCUAAGGUGAUGCCACGUGGCGAAACCACCCCAACCAAGAGGCCAAGAAAGAAGAAGUCUUUGGCUGCAUUAAAAGAGGAGGAGGUGUUGUUAAUGGAAGAACAAAAUCAUUUGAAAAUGAAAUUAGCAACUCUACAUGCUAACUGUGAAAAACAGAGAAAAGAGAACCAAAACUUGAAGAAGAUGAAGCUUGAUAUACAAGGGGAGAGACUUAAUGCAUUCAGAUGUGGUGGAAUCCAACAACCAAACAACCAUUUUGAAGAGCAAAAAGACAAAAUUGUCCUCCCUGAUCUUAACGUUGCUGUGGGGGAGGAUGUGAUUGUGAGCUAUUAAGAAGAACAUAGAAUAAACUUCGUAUAUUCAAGAACAGAAAAAAAAAAAAAAAAAUAAGUUCUAACAUCGAAUUUGUCUAAAAUGACCUUUUUCAACUUUCUUAUAAAUGUGGAAAGUUGUUACUGUAAUGUAGUUUAAUGAAGGUGAGUCGAGGGAUUAUAGUUCAUAAAAUCUAUAAAUCCUUUUAGUUUUUAGAUGCAGUUGGACAUUAUUGUUUCAAUGCAAGUUUUGUACAUUGUCAACCCCAUUCCAUAUAAUUUUACAGAUAUAAUGUAAUUGCUAUAGAUGAA